UUGAAAAUUAGGAUAAACCAAGCAUGGACACAAUGUUUAAGCUUCAUAAAAUAGAAAUAAUUCAUAUUCUCACAAUUAGAGCUUAAUGUCAUCACAAAUUCUUUCCACUGAUUUUUUUUUCCUGGUCCUUGUCCAUCCCUUUGUUAAUAUUGGAUAAUAUGAUCCACAUUAUCCAAUGGAAUCUAUAUUUUAAACUAAGAAUAAGAAGAAGUUGUGAUCUCUGUGGGUUAUAAUACGUACAAGGCAAGAAAGAAAAUAAAUGAAACAGAAUAACCCAGAAAAUAAGCAGCAGUAGGAACAAAAUGCUCAUUCUAAAGCUCAAAAUUACACAUAAUGAUUUAUUGUACUUGGCAUGAAACAGGAAACUGCUGUAAGAUUUCUGAGGUGUUACUCAUUUUGCAUGACCUUCUGUUUGAUGCAUUUUCUUCCUAACUUGAGAGACUUGCGCAGAUAAAUUGCCAGGGACAGGUAGAUGUAAAGACUGAGCACACGCUGUUCGAGAAGCAAAUUCCUAAAACAUUUCUGCUUAUCAAUUUACUUCUUUUUUGUUUUUUUCAAAAACAAAAAUAUCUGUUUUAGAAAAUUGCGGAGAUUGAUUCUCCGAAAAGACACUCCCGUCUGUAAAAGCGGCGUGUGGUGUGUGAAUAGCUCGUGAAAAAGCUAUUUGAUUUAUUGGUUUUCAGAGAAAAAGCAGAGCUUGAGAUAAGUUCUUAGAAACUAAAAUCUUACCAAAAGUAAACAAGAGAGGAGAAAACCAAUGCAAGGAAGAGAGAAAGAGAGAGAGAAAUGCAAAAUCUUCAUUCACAACAUCAACCUGCCAUGAAAUAGAGUACAGAUUAAGAGUCAUUUGUCAUGAGUGGAGAGUCACUGCUCCAUACUGGGGAGGGACUGAAUUGAGUUUCAUAAGCUUCUCAGUAAAGCUGGCACAAAACGACAAAAGCUCACUUGGUUGAAAUGUUCAAGUAAAUCAAGACUUUUAGCCGUCUAAUCAAAACAGAUUAAGACUAGAUCCCAGAUGACUCUUUAAUGGAACUCUCUAAUCAAGCAUUUCUUUAAUGGAAAAGCUAACUCUCUGUCGCUCAAGGGUCAUAAUUAUCUAUAUUUUCUUCAGCUUUCAAGCUUUUAAGAGUGAUUUUUUUUUUUUUUAAAGUCUGACAUUUGGGCAAAUGUGCCUUAUAAUAGAAGACUGACUGACGUUUUCUAUGAAUUUCUAUCAAAGAGUUCUGAACGUCAACAUCAGAACUUUUCUGAUAACCUCAAGCGCAAUUAAAGCCAACAAACCCACACGCCAUUACUAUGAUUCGACAGACUCUCACUCAGUCGCCCCUUUGGAUGCAAAUAAAAUGGCCGAGCUGCCACUUACUGAGAGGAGGAGAGUAAAAAGAUUUCAUUAUAUGCUGCUAAAUAAACAGCAAGUUGCAGUCAGUCUCCUUGAAGGCUGAAUGCAAAAGGCUUUUAUGGAUCUGGCCAAUUUUAAAUCCACUUUGCUGGCUCGCUAAUGAUCAGGAGUGAUCUGGAAUAAAGAAAGAGAGAAAGAGAGGGGGAUUUCAUAUGAAACAAACACCAUGUUGUGUGUUACUGUAAAGGAGGAGAAAAAGUAUUCAAAAAUGUUACGACGCGAACAAAACACUGGUAUUUGCCCACUUUUACACUCUGUACAUACAAACCAAUUGCACUUAACAAGUAAAGAGCCACUGCUGAAAGAAAGAGAUAAGAGGAUCAGUUUGCAGAUAAGUGCACCAUCACUCUGUGGGGAAGAUUUUGUUCAGCAGGGACAGGGGAGCUUCUCAGUAGCUGUUGGUGAAGAUGGAUUCAGGUGAAUACAGAGAAUAAAACCUGCAAAACACUUCAAACCCGGGCAAAGGUUCACCUUACAGCAGGGCUGCACAAAGAGCGGUGUAGAUCAGAGGGUGUUCAUGUGUAAGAAUGGUCCAGUCAAAGUUCUGAAUGAAAUCGAACAGAGAAUGUCAGGCAAGAAUUCACAUUUAUGCUGCCUUCCAUCCAAGCUACAUAAAUUCUGUGUCUAGAUGUGCAAAGCUGACAAAGACAAAAGCAUGUAUUUUGUUUUUCCUUCCACUUAAUUAUACACUACUUUGUGUUUAUCACACAAUCCCAAUGAAAUACAUUCUAUAAAUAUGGACGUUUUUGUAGAUGGUUAAAUAAUGUUUGUUGCUCUCAAGUAAAUCGUGAUGAUUUUAAACAUUUAUGUCAGUGUGUGUGUUGUAUUAGCGAUAACACUGACAUUAGUCAUACUUCAGCCCCCCUCCUCUCUUCUCUUCUCACAGUCACCGCUGACACCUGCGACGCGUUUCGUUUGUGCUGCGCCAAAAAGGCAAAGUCCAAUUUUUAAAAAAAAGAGGUUACUGAUUUCAAGCCACUCGGGAACGAUAUACAUUUUUUUUUCUCCGUCUAAAUGGAUCCCAGCAGCAGCAGUAGUCCUGCGGUGGCAGCAGAUGAAGACGAAGCCGUCCGUUUUGCGCUCCUCAGAGCCGGAGUUCUGGGGUUAAUUUUUGUGUUUGCCACAUGUGGCAACCUUUUCUUCUUAGUCACCCUGUGUAAGAGGAGGAAGAGGAACUCGCGGACCCAGCUUUUCCUCUUGCACCUGUGUCUAGCGGAUCUGGUGGUGGCUUUCUUCCAAGUCUUGCCGCAGCUUUCCAUGGAAAUUACGCACAGGUUCCGCGGGACGGACUUCCUCUGCCGCCUCGUGAAGUACUUGCAGGUGGUCGGGAUGUUCGCCUCCGCCUACAUGAUUGUGGCCAUGGCCAUUGACCGCUACCACGCUGUUUGCAAGCCCAUGGUCUCCUUCCUGGAGGGCUCCUUCAGGAGGUACAUCUCCAUAGGCGCAGCGUGGCUCAUCUCCCUCGUCUUCAGCUCCCCGCAGCUCUUCAUCUUCUCCCUCCAGGAGGUGGAGGCGAACCUGUAUGACUGCUGGGCGACGUUCGUCGAGCCCUGGGGGAGCAGGAUCUACAUCAGCUGGAUCACUCUGGCAGUGUUCGCGCUGCCCGCGGUCAUCUUGUUGUUUUGCCAGAUGAGGAUAUGCACAACAAUCUACUUCAACAUGAAGAGGAAGGCUCUGCAGUCGGGGCGCGCAGGCACGAAGGGGGUCUCCAGCGCAAUGCUCAAGACGGUGAAAAUGACUUUUGUGAUUAUAAUGGCGUACACGGUGUGCUGGAGCCCCUUUUUUGUCGUGCAGCUGUGGUCGGCGUGGAGCCCGAGCAGCGCGCCUACGCAAGGUCCCAUAUUUUCAAUUAUCAUGCUGCUCGCCAGUCUCAACAGCUGCACAAACCCUUGGAUAUAUCUCUACUACAGCUGAGAAAAAAAAAAAAAACCCAAAAAACUCUCAAUUGAACAUCAUAAGAAAACGAGAAAUAGUUAACAGGAUUUCUACAGGUUCCCACCUGUGAGGACUGAGGUGAAGCGAUCCUUUUUUUUUGAAUCGCAUGGAGAAGACUUUGAGGAAGAAAGGCACAUCUGUUUGUGUUCUCUGUUGGCGAAAAAUAUCCUCUCGCUCCUUUGUGCAAAAGAGAGAGGUGUGUAUUUAGCAGACUGCGGGGAAACCGGCAAAUUAACGGAAGACAAAUAUAUUCAAACAGGCUUUAUCUUUUCAGAAGCAGUGACUGCAUGGAGGAUUGUCUCCUGCUGGACCAAGAUAAAACAGAAAUGAGCAAUCAGAGACAAACAUUCGGGGGGGGGGGUUUAUUCCUGUCGGUGUGUAGCUAUGGGUAAACAGAACAUGUGGAGGCUGGCAGUAGAAACUGGCAUGUUAAAAUUCAGUUUUCAGACAUAAUUGAAAAUAAAUUGUCGCGUCUAGAAAGUUGACUUUGCAAAUGUAUUUUAAUUUCAGUUUUUCCCAGGUGAAGCAAGGUAUUUCUUACUUUUUUCAGUGUUUCAUACCAAAAUGAAGUCAAGUAAGCGCUUUCAGCUAGAAAACACCAUUCAGACUUUGACUGGGUCAAGACAAUACGCUAUUAAAUAAUUGAUAUUCUCAACAUCUUUCAUGAUUACUAGAAAACCUAAGAUUUAUUUCUGUGAGGAUUUUAGCCAGUUUGUAUGUUUUGCUAUGGUUGGCCCCUAAAUUAAGUGACGUCACAUACAUUCUUAGCAUUAGCGUUAAACUGUGUUUACGUCAUCCCUGCAUAUAAAAACAGCGGAGGAACGUGAGCUUUGAAAGUUUUUGCUUUCAGAUCGUCCUUCCUCUUCAAGUAUUCACGGGACAACAUUCAUCACUUUCACAAAAAAAAAGAAGUUUGUUGGA